CAGGAUGGCAUUUGGAAUUCGGCCGCUGUGUUCGGCAGGUCUGCUAACGUUGAUAAGCUCUGUCUAAUAUCACGGUGCUGCUCGCAGCCUCCGGUCCCUGCUAGACUCGAGAUAAAGUCGGAAAAAAUGAAGUUGAGGAAGACGGUUUGGGGAAAGUGAGGUAGAAUGAGAGGUAGGAGAGUUGUGGGAAGCGAGGGUGACAGGUUUGUGCCGUUUUAACGCCGGAUUUGCGGUCCUGCCAGCCAGACGGAGGGAGCCAGACGGCUUUAGCAGCUAGCUCGCCAUGGGGAAGGAGGUAAACGGGGUGUCGCGGAGUCGCUUUGAGAUGUUCUCAAGCAGCGACGAGGCCAUCAUCAAUAAGAAGCUGCCCAAGGAGCUGUUGUUACGAAUUUUUUCCUUCUUGGAUGUGGUCACACUUUGCCGCUGUGCACAAGUGUCUCGAUCCUGGAACGUGUUGGCGCUGGACGGCAGUAACUGGCAGCGGAUCGACCUCUUUGACUUCCAGAGGGACAUUGAGGGCCGUGUGGUGGAGAACAUUUCGAAGCGAUGUGGAGGCUUCCUGAGGAAGCUCAGUCUGAGGGGGUGUUUAGGUGUUGGAGACAGUGCACUCAGAACGUUUGCCCAGAACUGCAGGAACAUUGAGCUGCUCAGUCUAAACGGCUGCACUAAGAUCACUGACAGCACCUGUAACAGUCUGAGUAAAUUCUGUCCCAAGCUGAAGCACCUGGACCUCGCCUCCUGCACCUCAAUCACCAACCUGUCCCUCAAAGCGCUCAGUGAGGGGUGUCCGCUGUUGGAGCAGUUAAAUAUCUCCUGGUGUGACCAGGUGACCAAAGAUGGUGUCCAGGCGCUUGUUCGCUGCUGCCCGGGACUGAAGGGCCUCUUCCUCAAGGGCUGCACACAGUUGGAAGACGAGGCCUUAAAGCACAUUGGUGCUCACUGUCCAGAACUGGUGACCCUCAACCUGCAGACGUGUUCACAGAUCACAGAUGAAGGUUUGAUAACGAUUUGUCGUGGGUGCCAUCGACUGCAGUCUCUAUGUGUUUCCGGCUGCGCAAACAUCACAGACGCUAUCCUCAACGCUUUGGGCCAAAACUGCCCUCGUCUCAGAAUACUAGAAGUGGCUCGUUGUUCACAACUCACAGAUGUGGGUUUCACCACACUGGCACGGAAUUGUCAUGAGCUGGAGAAGAUGGAUCUGGAGGAAUGUGUACAGAUUACAGACGCCACCCUCAUCCAGUUGUCCAUACACUGCCCUCGGCUCCAGGUUCUGAGUCUGUCCCAUUGCGAGUUGAUCACGGAUGAUGGGAUCCGUCACCUGGGUAGCGGUCCGUGUGCCCAUGACCGUCUGGAGGUGAUCGAGCUGGACAACUGCCCGUUAAUCACAGACGCUUCGCUGGAGCACCUUAAAACCUGCCACAGCCUCGACCGCAUCGAACUCUACGACUGCCAACAGAUCACUCGCGCUGGAAUCAAGCGACUGAGGACUCACUUACCCAACAUUAAAGUCCACGCCUACUUUGCACCAGUGACUCCGCCCCCCUCCGUAGGCGGGAGCCGUCAGAGGUUUUGCCGCUGCUGCAUUUUGCUAUGAUGAAGCUCCACCUCCUUCAACCCAAGUCCCUGUCCUUCAGCCCCUGUACCCAGUAGCACAUGUUGGUGGGUCACCUGAGAGAGAGAGAGAGAGAGAGAGAGAGAGAGAGAGAGAGAGAGAGAGACGUCCUCUGAUGUGCAUUGAUCUCCAAAUGAAAGAUACUUAUAAGCUUCUUUUUCCUAAUUAAUUAAGAUUAUUAUUAUUUUCUGUCUUAAAUGGGACCACUAUUCCAAUAAUACACAUUAGUGGCUGUUUUUCCUUUAAACCACUAUCGAACUUGGACAAGCCACCACUAAUAAUAAUAAUAAUAAUAAUAAUAAUAAUAAUAAUUCAGUUAUUUAAGUUAUUUGAGUGGUUUGAUGUGAAAUGGCUCAUUGUGUUGCUCCAAAAAUUACUUGAACUAUUUUACACUAGCUUAAAUUUUAAAAUUCAGAAUGUUUUUCCUCCCCUCACUGUGGAUUUUUGAUGACGGUGAAAAAGCGCAAAUCAGUUUUCUUUGGGGACUAUUUUGCCGCACAGCGCCCUGCAUGUCUCCCUCCACCAUGAACGGAGUUGAAGUUCUCUAAACUCUCAUAAAACAGCGUCUCAGUCAUCAGGCAGUGAAUUCAG